AUGGCGAAUCCUUAUGUCCUCGCAUCGGACAACUCGCCCGCGCUGCUACCCCUCCUGCGCGCAAACCCUGCGCUCGCCUCUGAGCAGGACGAGCAUGGCUACUCUCUGCUCCACGCCGCCGCAUCUUACAGCCAUCUCGACCUCCUGCGCACCCUGAUCGAUGAGUUCAAGGUAGAUGUUAACCUGACGGACGAAGACGGCGAGACUUGCCUGUUUGUUGUGGAGUCUGUGGAGGUAGCCCGCUAUCUGGUCGAGGAGUGCGGCAUAGACAAGACGAAGAAGAACGACGAGGGUUUCACGGCCGCAGAAUCCAUUACAAAUGACGGUUCGUUCCCGCUUGUUGCUGCGUAUCUGAACGAUAUCAUCAGUGCAGACGUGAAGCUGGACGGGACAGGGAAUGCGCUGCCAUCGAACGUGAAGGUGUCAUUUGGUACAACCGAGCAAGGCGAUGUUAACCAGGAAGUGCCUAUCGAUUCUGCGUUCAGGCAGAGGAUAGAGGAACUAGCUGCAAGGGGGGAUUUUCAUAGCGAAGAGGGUCAGCAGGAGUUACGCGGUCUUGUUACAGAUGCGCUUCGAGGGUCAAAUACGGAGUCACAGCGAGAUACCAAGCGGCGAGACUUUCAAAGCAAAGGAAACCUUUUUCAAAAACCGGUUGAUAACGACUGUAACGAAGCUACAUCGCAUCUGCAGUCCGGAUAG